CCUUAUGCUUUUCAAUCAGUGUGUGUGGAAUUUGUUUCUAAAAUCAUUAGGGACUUUUGAAUAGUAGUGUAGGCUUUAUUAAUAAGAGCGAUUUUUAAAAAAUCCAAAAUAUGCACAAAAAAACAGCGUAUGGGCUAAACAGAUCGAGGAAAUGUUUUCUGGACUACACUGAUGAGCGACUGUGGGAACCGGGCUAUUUAAAGGCCAAAUGUAAGGAAUUGUGUCUAGAAGAAGAGUAUAAAAAAUAUCAGAUCCGCCUCAUGAUCAGUUACCUCACCGUCUUCUUUCCUUUGUUCAUAUUUGUGGUCGUAGGCUGCGAGCUCUGCCCAUGGAUUUUCUCUGAGCAAAAAAAACUCAUCUACUACGAAUCAUUAACGGCUAUAAUUGUAUUAGUUGCUGUUGCUGCUAUAUUGAGCAUCAAUUUCUUUGAGAGCAUUGUGCAUCGCCACAGGUGGAUUAUGGUGUUUUCCUCAAUAUUGUCCGCGUAUAUUGUGGUAUUAGUUGAUAUAUAUCAGAUACUGGUGUUCCAUUUCAAGUAUCACUGGCCACUUAAUACAUUAUACGACGUCUUCGUCCUCUGCAUGAUUUAUAUGUUCUUGCCAAUCCCUUCGAUCAGGGGAGCAGCCCUGUUGGCCACCUCUGUCAGUCUCAUGUACAUUGGAUUAUUCAUCUACUUUUUAAAGUACGACGAUGAAGAUAUUGCAGAGGUAGUCCAUGACCUUGAUACGAUUUGCGUCGACAUAUUUCACUAUUUGGGUUUCAAUCUGAUGGGGAUUUUCUUCCGGAUAAUGAACGACACCAUGGUGCGCUCCUCCUUUCUGGAUCGCCACCAGUUUCUCAAGGAGGAGAUAUGGCUUCGACAAGCUCGGCAACAAGAGUCGAUGCUUCUGGAUAGCAUACUUCCACCCCAGAUUGCAAAGCCCAUCCAACAAAGCAUUAAGGAAAGGAUCAUGUUGUCCGAAACCGAUUCAGACAACAUUGUCAUGAAUGCCCGGCGAGCAGAAAACUUUAUGGCCAUCCAAAUCCAUCCCGAUGUUUCCAUCCUGUAUGCAGAUGUGGUGAACUAUACCCAAUUAACCACAACACUGACGGUGGAGAAGUUGGUGAAGGUCCUGCAUGAUCUCUACGGCAGAUUCGAUAUGGCUGCCUCAACUUUCAAGGUGCAGCGCAUCAAGUUCCUGGGCGAUUGCUACUACUGUGUGGCGGGUUUGGGGGAGGCUGAUCCCGAUCACGCUAGGAUGGCUGUUUCUCUGGGAAUUUCCAUGAUUGCAAACAUCCAGGAGGUGCGGUCCCAUCGUUCACUGGAUAUCGAUAUGCGAAUUGGUGUCCAUUCAGGAACUUUGCUUGCAGGUGUGAUCGGUCAAGCAAAGCUGCAGUAUGACAUAUGGGGUCCCGACGUGGAUAUUGCCAAUCGACUAGAGGCAACCGGCAAGCCCGGUUACGUGCACGUUAGUGGUCGCACUUUAAGUAGCUUAAACGUAGCUGAGUACACGAUAUUCCCGGGAACGGAAGUGGCCCAAAGUGAUCCCAUACUGCAGAAACAGCCAAUGACCACCUACCUCCUAACGGCCGCCCCCAGCCGCAAUUCAGUCAGAUCAGUGGAUGCAGUGCACUCCUACGCUGAGAUCGACAUAAACGCGUUGGGAGCUUCCCGGAAAAGCCCGAUUUUGAGGCCAACCUUAAUGUCAGAUGAGUUGCGUAAGGAGUUUAAAAAGAUGCCAGUGGGAGGCUUCAACAUUCGAUCGCCGUGCUGCCGAGACCAUUCGAGUGAGGAGAAAGUCAACAACGACUUAGGCAUGUUUUGUGUAGCCUUCAAGGACUCGUCUCUCGAAUGGAGUUAUUUGCAUAAGCCAGAUUUCAUCUUGAAAUACUCAGUGCUGCUUGCUUGGGGAAUCGGGUGCUGCCUUAUCUACAUCCAGAUAGUCAACGACAAAUUCACCAUCUGUGUUGAAUGCAUCAUGAUCGACAUGGUUGUGUUUACCUUCCUGACUUCAUUGCUCUUUAUCUCCUGGUACAAGAAAGUGUGUUGGUGGAGAAGCGUCGAAAAUGAGACCCAUAAGUAUGGGAGAGUCAGCUGCAAGUUGUUCAAGAUUUGGGAAAGAAUCCAGCACAGUUUUGUCCUGCGAGUUACUAUCUAUAUGAGUAUAGUUGCGAGCUAUUACUUGUUGAUAUCUACGAUACUACUAAACUGUGACAAAAAUCAAUAUGAACUAGAUGUUAUCAAUAGCAAGCUCUAUCACUAUGACAUUGUAACUGACAACUGUUUUAAUCCGUGGGUCUUCACCGACAUGAUUUCCUUGAUCAUGGGCGUAAGCUACACCUUUGCCCGAAUUCCAUUUGCCCUAAAGAUGCUAAUUACCUGUUGCGCAACCGUUGCUUACUUGGUUAUCGUAUUCUUUCAGUACGCAUUUAUUUUCGAGCACAGUGCCACCACAACACCAUUUAUGAAGGCGGAACUAGCUCACUGUCUUCGGGUGUGCAUGAUGUUACUCACGAUGUACGCAAAGGAGCGUCAGUCAGAAUUCAAUACUAAAAUUAACUUCAAGAUAAAUCAGGACUUGCAAGGCAAGCAAAAAGCGGCUGACAUCACGAACAAAUCAAUCAUAAUUCUACUCACUAACAUUCUUCCCUCCCACGUGGUUGAGGUUUAUCUUGAUUCAGUAGCCAAUCACGAACUGUACUACGAAAACUAUAAAAUGGUGUCCGUCAUGUUUGCCAUGCUCAUCAAUUUUCAAAUGGAUUUGCCCAGCCUGCGAGUGCUAAACGAUAUCAUAACAGAAUUUGAUAGACUGUUAAAUGCCUACAAGGAAUAUUAUGUCGUCGAGAAGAUUAAAGUCGUGGGCUGCACUUAUAUGGCAGCUUGUGGACUUGAUUUUACCCUGGCCAAGUCAAAAUUUGGUAGCAGAACACAUGCUUCUUACUCAUCCGAAAUGGAACAGGUGCUUUAUCGCAAAGAGUCCAAAGGCACAGAAAACGACCACGAUGAGGUGGCCUUUAUAAUGACCACGUUUGCCUUGGAUCUAAUGAGAGUGCUUUCCGUCUGCAACAAGGCGUACGCUGGUAGACCCUUCGAUCGGGCUCUAUCUACCGGAGAGAUCUGUAUCGGAAUCUCGACCGGCGAAAUAAUGGCCGGAGUGGUGGGGGCGUCUCAGCCACACUAUGACAUCUGGGGAAACCCGGUCAAUAUGGCUUCCCGAAUGGAAUCCACAGGGCUGCCUGGACACAUCCAGGUGACGCAAGAGACUGCCAAUAUUCUCGAGCAGUUCGAUAUUCUGUGCAUGUACCGUGGCAUGACCUUUGUGAAGGGUCGUGGGGAAAUUCCUACCUACUUUGUGGGCAUAGACGAUAAUUUGAAGUUUAUGCCCUCAAAUUUGAAGAAGAAGAAUAUGUCAAAGCGUUUUUCAGUCUUAUCCUCUCUAGUGCCAGCUCACAGCGGAAGUACAUCUUCAAAUGAAUACAUUUGAUACUUUUUAAAAUUUUACAGAAAUAUAUUCUGUACGCUACUCCGAAUUAGAUAUUUUCUAUAAUUUAUACCCACACUGUAAUUGUCAUUGUUAGUUGAAUAUUAGCUUUGUGAUAUGUAAAAUAAAGGCAAAUGACAUUCAAUUAAGUUAAAUGUAGGUUCAUGGCUCUAAGCAGGCUUUGAGUCCUGGAACCCAGUUCUCAUACAUAAUAUAACUCAAACGUACAAAAAAAAUACCAUUUAAAAAUAUGAACAAAAAAAACACUAGCAAAACGCCGUACAGGGAAAGGUUUAGGCGAUGUAAUCUGGAAUAUACUAAUGAACGCCUUUGGGAACAAAGUUAUUUGAAGAUAUUCGUAGGCCAGAUGUAAGGAGUUGCACUUAGAGGAAGAAUAUAUGAAAUAUAAGAUUCGCUUGAUGAUCAGUUCCCUCACCGUUUUCGUCCCCAUGUUAAUAAUAUUGAUCGUAGCUCUUCAAGUAAUCAUAUGGUCAUUUACUGAGAUAUAGCCUUUAACACAUAUUAUUAUUACAAAUCUGCCUGGCCUCUUAACACCUUAUACGAUGUCUUUGUGCUCUGCAUGAUCUACAUGUUCCUGCCAAUACCUUCGAGCAAAGCAGCAGCUCUGCUAGCCAUAUCUGUUAGUCUAACAUAUGUGAUAUAUU